AGAAAGUUCCACCAAAACACCCAUAGCAGAACCCAUUAUCCCAUUUUCACUCUCUCGACCAGCAUUCAUCAAUGGCAUCUGCUGCAUCAUCAUCUUACAUGGCCUUCUCCACGGCAGGUAUGGUUGGCAAACGACACUUGAGAAACAACAACAGAAGGGUACUUUCAGUUUCAGCACAGCAACAACAACAACAACAAGAAACGCUCGAGGAGACGACCAAGGUAGACACCACAAACGAGACCCUUCCAGUGAAGAAGCAGCCAACCACACCGAGGCCGGUGGAGCCACAGAUCAACGUGAAGAGCAAGAACAUGGGGAAGGAGUAUGGAGGGGAGUGGCUGAGCAGCACCACUCGCCACGUCAGGAUCUUUGCUGCCUACAUCGACCCCGUGACCUGCGAGAUGGACCAGACGCAGAUGGAUAAGCUCACUCUUAUCCUCGACCCGACCAACGAGUUCGUGUGGGAUGAUGUUACCUGCACCAAGGUCUACUCUUACUUCCAGGAGCUCGUCGAUCACUAUGAGGGAGCACCAUUGACGGAAUACACGCUUCGACUAAUCGGUUCGGACAUUGAACAUUACAUAAGGAAGCUGCUGUACGAUGGAGAGAUCAAAUACAACAUGAGGGCAAAGACGCUCAAUUUCAGCAUGGGGAAACCCAGGAUCAUAUUCAACGACGACAACAAGGGGAGUAGUCCAGAUGUACAGUGAUGGCAACAAACUACACAGUUAGAGCAGGCAAUAUUAUAUAAUACAUAUAUUUGAAAGUCUGUUUGCCGCCAACAGGAGUCUUUCAAAUAGUUAGUUAAACCUCUACCCAAAAGCUGUCCUGCCUCAUCUCCCCCUUUCCAAAUAAAUGUCUGAAUACUCUAAUUCCGGGGAGCUAGUUUGCUACUUGGCAGCACUUUCAAACAUGAC